CGACUACCACCGCGACGGAACGGUGCUGUGUAGUGUAGUGUCUCACAGAUGACUAACUUAUGUGUAUCGACGAACGUUCUCGUUAUUGCACAUAGGGUAAAGUAUGAGCCCAGGGCUGGGCGCACCCGAGGCUCUAUGGGUGUGGGCUGUGACAGCUGCUGUCAUGAUGACGUCAUCGUCAGGACGUCGAGGCGUAGAAGAAUCGUCACCUCCUCUCAACUUCACCUUCACACGACCAUCCUACCACGUCACCAUCCCCGAGAACUCCGUGGCCAAGACCUACGCGACGGCCGACGAGAAGAUGGGCGUCGUCCUACCUGCCCGUGGCGAAGUUCACUUUAAAAUUGUCUCAGGUGACUCAGACAAAAUCUUUAAAGCGGAGGAACGAGCCAUGGGAAACUUUUUGUUUCUUCUAAUAAGGACUAGAACCGGCAAUAGUGUGGUGUUGAACCGCGAAAGAAAAGACAGUUUUGUACUUCACGUCAAAGCAAUUCUGACGUUAAGUGAUCGCACUGUUGAAAACAACACAAUUAUUAACCUACACGUAAGUGAUAGAAAUGAUUUGAGGCCUUUGUUUUAUCAGACGUCAUAUCAAGUAGCAGUAGCUGAAGACGCGCAUGUACAUAGUAGUAUAAUUCAAAUUCGAGCCGACGACCCUGAUUUGGGAAUAGGUGGGGAAGUCUACUAUAGGAUGCGAGAACACAGUAGUAAUUUUGUAAUUCAUCCUAUAACGGGUGUCGUGACGUUAACGAGACGACUCAGGUAUACUGAGAGGAGGUCAUAUGACGUCACAGUACUUGCUCAAGACCGAGGUGACGCUGCAACUACCAACCCUCCGAGUGCGGCAAAACUGACUGUAACGGUCAAACCGGUCAACCUUCACGACCCUGAAAUCUUCGUAAAACAUUUUCAAGAAGUAAACCAAUCGUCGGACAUGAACGUUUAUGCUGUAGUAACCGUUGUAGAUAAAGACGAAAGAAGAAACGGUGAAAUAGAAGGAGUUGAGAUAGUCGAUGGAGACAACAAUGGUCAUUUCCGAAUCAAACGAGUCCAUAGCCCGAACAAUAAUACGUUUGAGUACAACAUAGUUAGCUACAAAAUAUUAAUUAGAGAGAGAUAUAGUAAACAAUACAACCUAACGUUAAGAGCAGUUGAUAAAGGCACGCCACCACGAAAAUCUUACCUGUCAGUAAUUGUAAGGGUAGAACCAAUUUUCCAAAAGAAUCCCAUUUUUGAAAAGGAGAUUUUUGAAAUAAAUAUAGCGGAAAGCGCUCCUGUAAACUCUCCCAUAAUAAGGUUAAAAAUGUCUGAAAGUGACCAAGUAUAUCACGAAGAAGUACAGUUUGAGAUAGUAGGAGGCAAUGAAGAGAAGGUGUUUAAAAUAAAUCCUCAAACGGGUAUGCUUUAUACAACUACUGAAUUAGAUGCCGAGGACAAAAACCUAUACAUUCUGACAGUUUCUGCUUUAGAACAAGGUAAAUCGGGUUUUAGCCUGCAGUCGUCUGCUAAAGUUAAAAUCAAUAUUGUCGACAUAAACGAUAAUGACCCCAUUUUCGAAGUUCCAGUCAUGAAUGUCUCAGUAACUGAGAAUGAACCACCAGGAACUGUAAUAGCUAAAGUUGUGGCUAAAGAUAGAGAUUCAGGAGAGAAUGGAUACAUCUCUUACAGCAUUGCAAACUUAAAUUCUGUUCCUUUUGAAAUAGACCAUUUUACAGGUGUCAUUAGAACUAUUGAAACUUUGGAUUAUGAAACUAUGAGACGAGAGUCUCUGUUGUACGUAAGGGCGUCAGAUUGGGGUUUACCGUUUAGAAGACAGACGGAGAUGGAACUCAGGAUCAAGCUACGUGAUAUCAAUGACAACAAGCCACAAUUUGAACGGGUCAAUUGUUCCGGAUCGUUGUCCCGAUACUCGCCCAUCGGGUCGGAAGUGAUGUCGUUAACUGCAAUUGAUUUCGACUCUGGCAAUAUUAUCAGCUAUAGAAUUGUUUCAAAGAACACAGAGGGUUGUUUCAAUUUGGAUUUAACGUCAGGAAUUCUUUCUCUCGCCUGUGAUUUAAGAAAUGAAAACUUUACCGAAAAGACUUUAAACAUUACUGCCACAGAUGGCGUUCAUUACUCUGAUAUAAAUAGAAUAAUCAUAAAAAUCGUAAACGAUAUCCACACUCGAAGACGUAAUUUUGAUAGCGACAAUUUCGUUUGCACGGAGACGGGAGCUGCAAAACAAUUAAAAGAUAUUUUAGCAAUAGCCACUAAGAAUAAUGCCGUUAAAUCUCCUGACCACAGGGAUAUUUCGGUGAUGCCCAAAAGAUACGGUGAAAACAUUCACGCUCCUGAAAUACUAAACAUGCCAGCUACCGUUCAGGUCAACGAGUCUGUGCCACUAGGGAGUAAAAUAAUAAAAAUACAAGCAAAGGAUAGAGAUUUGGGUUACAACGGAAAGUUGGUUUACGGAGUCAUAUCUGGUGACAAAGAUUCCCUAUUCCGGCUCGACCCAGAAAACGGGAUAUUAAAAACUAUCGGUCAUUUAGAUUACGAAAAAGACACCGAAUACACGCUAAACGUAGUUGUUUUUGACCUUGGAAAACCUCAAAAAUCCUCGACAAGCUAUCUUACAAUAAUAGUUUUGGACAACAACGACAAUCCACCCAGAUUUCAACAACCCAUGGCCAGUACAAAAAUAUCAGAAAAUAUUUCAAACGGAACAGCUAUUUUUAAGGCUAUAGCAAUUGACCAAGAUACUGCAGAAAACUCUCAGAUAGUCUACUCUCUGGCUACUGAAACGGAUACUUUCGUCAUUCACCCGACAACUGGAGUACUCUAUAUCAACACUCCUCCUGAUCGUGAAGUGCGCGACUGUUACGAAAUUAAGAUACGGGCCUCCGAUCGUGGAAACGAUAAAGAGUCAAGGAUGGCUUUACACGCAGAGUCUAUACUGCUCGUUCACGUAGACGAUGUGAACGAUAACGCGCCUUUGUUUGUUAAGCCAUCGCUAACAGUGAAGGUGAAAGAGGAUAUGCCAGUAGGUAGUUCGGUCGCCGUGCUAGAGGCUAGUGAUGUAGAUCUAGGGGUUAACGGUGAAGUAGUAUACUCCAUUAGAGGGAACCACAGUUUCGCGGUGGAACCUCUCAGUGGGGCGCUGAGACUGAAGUAUCCCUUGGACUACGAGGAGCGGCACGUGCAUCUGGUGAAUGUGACGGCUUGUGACCGAGUGACGCCCUCGCUGUGUACAGACGCUGUAGUCACUGUGCGAGUGGUGGAUGUGGACGAGAAUGUACACGCGCCUGUGUUUGAGCACUGGGCGGUGAGUGCUGAGGUGGCGGAGAACCUACCUCCAGGGGCGCUGGUCACCGUGGUCAAGGCGACUGACGACGAUCCUCCAGGCGAGGAUUCCAGGAUCAGCUACCACAUCGGUGGAGGUGACGGCGUCGGCUACUUCUCUAUUGACGAUGAUGGUGUGAUUCGCACUACAUCUACGUUGGAUGCGGAAUCAGAGAACAACUUUUGGCUGACAGUGUUUGCUCAAGACCAUGGCCUUGUUCCUUUAAGAAAUCGUUUAGAGGUGUACGUGUCUGUGACCAACGUGAACGACAACGUACCUCUGACUGUAGAGCCAGUGUACUACCCUCACGUGGUAGAACACUCUCCAGCUCACACUGCAGUACUACAACUUACAGCGGAGGACGCCGACCUAGACCCUGAUCUAACAUCUACUCUUACCUUUAACAUUACCGCGGGAAAUGGAGAGGGAUUCUUUGAAAUUGACUACCAAACUGGUUUGCUGUCCACGACCAGAAACAAAAUUGACCGUGAAUAUCAAGCGGAGCAUGACUUGGAGAUCACAGUUAGUGACAAUGGGGAGCCUCCACUGUGGUCAACUACAAGAGUUGUUGUUAUUGUUGACGACAUCAACGAUCACGCGCCGCAGUUUGAGCAGUCCUUCUAUCACGUGAUAGUUCCUCAAACACCGAGACUUCAUCGCGAUCGGGACAAGCAUAACACAGUUCAGAUAGAAGAUAACGGUGGUGCCGAGAAUGGUGACUCGCCAUGGGACUCUCUUCACAAGGCUGCGACUGGCGAACCGUUAAUAAGGGUUCUGGCGACAGAUAAAGACUCUGGUAGUAACGCCGAUAUCGAGUACAGUAUCAAGACCGGGCGUGGCAAGGGGCGGUUCCACAUUCACCCUGAGAUGGGAGUCAUCUAUUCCCACAAACCUUUCUCUGUGGGACAGGAGUUCGAGUUGAUGGUGAGGGCGACUGACCACGGGUUCCCCAACAAGAGCUCGACUGCUCGUAUCGUGGUCCAAGUGGUUGGAACCUCCGAGGCCAAAGGCGCUCCUUUCGUCGCACAGAAGACUCAGAGAGUGGAGGUGACUGAGUCAGACCCUGUAGGUUUUCUAGUGGCUCUCAUACAAGCUACACAAGACGCCGACUACUUGUGGUUUAAAAUUCUGGAUGGAAAUCCCAGAGGAGAGUUCGUGAUGGGAGGAGAUCCAGGGAGUCUCCUAUUGGCCAAACAACUAGACUGUGAGACUCAGGCAGAGUAUAAUUUGACUGUAGCGGUGACCAACGGCGUACAUUCCGUCCUUGCCCAGGUGAUAGUAAACGUGUUGGACAUAAACGAGCACCGGCCGGAGUUCCCCCAGGUGGAGCUGUGGGCUGUGGUGUCGGAGGCGGCGUCUGUGGGCUCUGUGGUGACUGUGGUACAAGGCAGUGACGCGGAUCGUGGUGGAUCUGUGGUAUACGAGCUACACAACGCUCAGAGUCCAGCAACACUCACAAUCUUUGCUCUGGAACACGAGACUGGGCGACUAAUACUCACCGGACCUCUGGACAGAGAACGCAACGUAGAACACGUAAUGACCGUAGUGGCUAAGGACAACGGCACGCCGUCCAAGAGGAACUACGCGCGUCUACGAGUGACUGUGGAGGACAGCAACAACCACGCGCCACAGUGGAGUCAUCAGCUGAUACAGGGAUAUGUGCUGGAGUCAGCACAACUAGGCUCCACAGUCCUCACUCUCUUGGCUACUGACAAAGACCAUGGCAACAACGCGCAGAUACGCUACUCAAUACUGUCAGGCAACAUCGGUAACACGUUUCAAGUACACCAGAGUCUUGGCACCUUGUCUCUGAGUGGCACUGUGGACCAGUCUAGACUCAGUGAGUUCAUGUUGACAGUCCAAGCUAAAGACGGAGGGGAACCUCCACUCUCUACCACGGUGCCCGUACACAUUCUCGUCAUCACGGCCGAUGAGACAGCUCCAAGGUUCACUCAACGAUCCUACACAGUGCAGAUCUACGAGAACGAGCGCGCUGGAUCGCUAGUAGAGCAUCUGGACGUAAGAGCGUCUUCCUCCGUCUUUUUCGAGAUCGUCGAAGGUGACGCCAACCAUGAGUUCGCCGUCAACCCUAGCACAGGAUCUGUCACCACAUUGGUCCCACUAGAUCGUGAACUCACUGAGUCGUACAACCUGACUGUAACAGCCACUAACUCGGGCGGCUCCAAGGCAGUGUGUAACUUACUCGUCAACGUUCUGGACAAGAACGAUAAUCCACCUGAGCUGGUGGGACCUACUGACAUCUACGUAGGUCUGGUACCAGAAGACGCCCCAGUGGGUUCUCUGGUCAUGACCAAUGGCAGCAGUCCUCUCAUCAUCUACGCCACCGACGCUGAUACUCAAUCCAACGCACUCCUGUGGUUCAAGAUACUAGAAACAGCCGCCGCAAGCAUGUUUUACAUCGAUGGUUUUACAGGCACUAUCAGAACCAAGACACAACUGGACUACGAGACUCUGAGUAGUGUGAGUUUCACUGUUCGAGUGUUUGACCUCGGAGAGCCUCGGCUGAGUAGUGACGUCACUGCUAGAGUCUACAUCGCCAUCCAGGACGUCAAUGACUGCAUGCCGCGCUUUGUAGAGUCAGAGUACAACUUGUCUCUUCUAGUCCCUCCUUAUCCAGACGCACAUCUGCUACAGGUAGCAGCAACAGAUGACGACACAGCGGGGGUGACCGAGCUUCGCUAUAUGAUUCUCGCUGGUAACCAGGACAGCUGGUUCUCGCUGCAGCCUGUCUCAGGGUUGCUGAGUGUACGAGGAGUGCUACCUGCUCAACAUCACCACAGCCACUCGCUGAGAGUCGCCGUGUCUGACGGACGCUACUCAGCUCAAGCACGAGUGAACAUUCAGUGGCUAGACAGCGGCAGCUCGCAUCUUCAGUUCCAGCAUCCAGUCUACCAAGGCUAUGUGACAGAGAACUCUACUAAGCCGGUGACUGUGGCUGUAGUCAGCGUGGUGGGGGAGGAGCUCAACCAACAUAUACGGUUCCGCAUGGCCAACCCGACCCCGCUGUUCCACUUAGGCCUUACCUCUGGAGCACUUGUUACAACUGGUGUACCCUUCGACCGUGAGGAUAAGGAUCUUUUCACCAUAUACAUUCAGGCAGAGUAUGAAUAUUCGGAUGACACUAAACAGCUGAUCCAAACACUGGUGAACAUCAGCGUGGUAGAUGUCAAUGACAACUGUCCAGUAUUCAUGAACACACCUUACGUAGUGGCAGUGUCAGUGGGCUCACACAAACAUAUGGCUUUCUUCAAGGUCCUGGCGAUUGACCUGGACGAGGGAGAGAACGGAGAGGUGAGGUACGAGCUGACCCGCGGCCACGGGGAACUGUUCAAGGUAGACCGUAAGAGUGGGGAGAUUAGUCUGAAACAAGCUCUGCAAGACACCCAAGAGGCGUACAUCAUCAUCAUCACGGCAUACGAUGGAGGGGUGACGCCGUGCUCCACGGAGACUACGCUGGUGGUGAAGGUGGUGGCGGAGAGCUCCCCUAGGUUUGAACGGCAGCUAUAUACAGUGACUGUGCCAGAGUCCUUACCUCCUCACUCUCUCCUGCCUGUGCGAGUGGUUGCCGAGGCGCCGUUUGACCAUCCUGUUACAUACGCGAUCCUCGACAACGACCUACGCUUCUCCAUCGAUGUGACGGCUGGCGCGUUGUUCACUGAAGACGUGCUGGACUACGAGACGUCACCGCUGCUGGAGAUACGUGUCCGAGCCACUGACAGUCUAAGUGGUGCGACAGCUGACACCCUUGUCACCGUAGUGCUGACGGACGUCAACGACUGUGUCCCUACCUUCCUGGAGUCUGUCUAUAACGUCUCUUUGCUGGAGUCCAUUGCUCCUGGAACACUCAUCGGCAGGAUCGAGGCCUUCGACAAUGACACAGGAGUGAGAGGUGCGGUACAGUACUCUGUGGCACCUCCCCCUCUACAAUGUGUGGUCAGUGUUCACACACGAGAUGUAUCUGUAACUUAUUUGUUGUAUAGGAGUGAGAGGUGCGGUACAGUACUCUGUGGCACCUCCCCCUCUACAAUGUGUGGAGUGAAAGGUGCGGUCCAGUACUCUGUGGCACCUCCACCUCUACACGGUGUAGUUAGUGUUGACACAUGGAUGUAUCUGUAUGUUUUGAGUGAGAGGUGCGAUCCAGUACUCUGUGGCACCUCCACCUCUACACGGUGUAGUCAGUAUUUACACACGAGAUGUAUCUGUAUGUGUUGUAUAGGAGUGAGAGGUGCGAUCCAGUACUCUGUGGCACCUCCACCUCUACACGGUGUAGUCAGAGUGAGAGGUUCGAUCCAGUACUCUGUGGCAUCUCUACCUCUACACGGUGUAGUCAGUGUCGACUCGCAGGACGGAUCUGUAUAUCUGUCACAAACACUCGACCGAGAACUCAAUUCCACGUUUCAAUUGGUCCUGACGGCUACAGACGGAGGUCUGCCUAAGCUGUCUUCUUCAGCCAUCUUAUCCCUUCACGUUCUAGACGUAAACGAUAACCCUCCCAAGUUUGAGCGGCCGACCUACAGCUGCCGUCUGUCAGCGGAGGCGGUCGCUGGGCAGAUGGUGACUGUCGUACACGCCAAGGACCCUGACAUCGGGCCUUUGUCUUACGUCAUCGUGGCCGGCAACGAACACCACACCUUCAGUAUAAACCCUUUGACAGGAAUGAUAUCAGUGUUCAACAUCUUGCAUCUUGCACGUCCGGAGCCACCACACGUUCUAAACGUCUCAGUCACAGACGGGGUUCACACAAGGUUCUGCAAGGUCUCAAUUAAUAUCCUCUUGACCAAUCAGCACGCACCCGUCUUCUCGGCCAAUCAGGUAGAAGCCUCCGUGGGAGAGAACCAACCAGCAGGCACAUACGUAACUACAGUGAUUGCGACUGAUCAAGACAGCGGGCUGCAUGGCAAGAUCUCGUACUAUAUAACUACGGAGCUCAUGCGGUCCUUGUUCAAAAUAGAUACUGACACUGGUGUGAUGGUGACUGCAGUGCCACUAGACAGGGAGCACCAAGCCAUGGUGGAGGUGGCGGUGGUGGCGGUCGAUGGAGGAGGCAGGUCUGACAUUGCCACUGUCAGGGUCGCUAUCUCAGAUGUCAACGAUAACGCUCCGGAAUUCUACUUUCCCGAAUACCACGUUUGCAUUCCCACAAACCUGUCCAUUGACUCGGUGUUUCUCAAGGUAAAAGCACGGGACAAAGACACUGGAACUGCAGGAGUGGUGGAGUAUUCAAUAUAUAAUCUGCAAUCCAAAAGAGUAAAACAUCUGUUCGGCAUCAAUCCUCAGACUGGAUCUAUCGUUUUGUUGCAGUCAGUCGCUCAGCAUGAGCGUCAACAUUUCCAGUUCUUCGUUCGCGCGGCUGACGGUGGCGCUCCACCCUUGUUCUCGGACGUCGCAGUCAAUGUGUACGUGAUGCGACCAGAGGACACGCCCCCCACCUUCCACCGACGCGACCAGAGAGUCUUUGUCCCGGAGCAUGCGCCACCUGGUACAGUUGUAGCCCAAGUGAAGCUUGUGACGCCUAUGAUUGUGGAGUACAAGCUCUUGUCUAAUUCUACGCAGUUCUCUAUCGACAGCAAGGGUCUUAUCACGUUGACCUCUGCCCUGGACCGUGAGCUGUCACCUUCCCACACUCUGGGAGUUCUCGCGCUGAAGUCUCCUUUGUCGGGAUUCACCGAGAUGUACGUCAACGUUGUUGACAUCAACGACAACCCUCCUCGCUUCCAUAGCUCCACGUAUAACAUCCGCGUCGCCGAGAACGUCAAUGAAGGCACCUCGAUCGUGAGAGUGUCAGCCAGUGAUGACGACGAGGGUGGUGCGGGCGAGGUUCGCUACUCCAUCGCCUCACCUGUGCUGACAGUAGACCCGUACUCUGGCUGGGUGUCCGUUGUAUCUGAUGUUCCAGUGUCAGCUAGUACGAUAGUGUAUCUGAUGUUCCAGUGUCAGCUAGUGAUGACGACGAGGGUGGUGCGGGCGAGGUUCGCUACUCCAUCGCCUCACCUGUGCUGA